AUGAUAUCAAACGAAAAUGAUAUAAUAAAUAAUUAUAAUAAUAAUAAUAAUUAUAAUAAUAAUAAUAAUAAUAAAACAAAAAAAUUAAAAAAAUUGAAUUUAUCAAAAAAGAUUAAAAUAUUUUUUAAAGGAAAUAAUAAUAAUAAUAAUAAUAAUAAUAAUAUUAUAAUUAAUAGAAUAUAUAAUAAUAAUAAUAAUAAUUAUCAUAAUUAUCAUAAUUAUAAUUAUAAUUAUAAUUAUAAUAAUAAUAAUAAUAUUGAAAAUGAUAAUAUAAAUGAAUUACCAAUUGAAAUUUUAGGAAAUAUAUUUAAAUUAUUAAUUAAACAAUUUAAAAUUGAAACACCAAAUCAUAAAGAAUUUAUAAAUAUAUUGGGUACAAGUAAAUUAUGGAAUACUAUUGGAAUGUCAGUGAUGGAGAGUAUAAAAUUAGAUAGAUGUAAAUAUUUACCAGCGAUUGAAAGUUUUAAAAUGAUGAAAAGGAUGGACUCAUUGAAACAAUUGAAAGUUAUUGGAGGGGAAGCAAUGAAUCUUGAAUAUAUUGAAGUUAUAAAAAAGAGUAUGAAACAAUUGACACAUUUAAAUUUAUUUUCAAAUAAGAUUGGUGAUAUUGGAUUUAAGAACUUGGCAAUGGCAUUGGAGGAGAGUGGUAGCAAAUUGAAGUUCUUAGGAUUAUCAUACUGCGAUUUGACCAAGGCCAGCGGCAAGCCGCUAUGCGAGCUAUUUAAAAAGAAUCAAAGUUUACAAGAGAUCAUACUAUCCUACAACCUACUCAUGGAGGAGGGCACUAUUGAGAUGGCCAAGGGCCUGCCCUACUCGUGCUCGUUGAUUAAAUUAUCCUUGAGUAAUAAUGAAAUCGGGGAUUUGGGGGCCAAGGAGAUCGGCGAGGCCCUGUCCCAGAAUAAGACCAUAACAGAGUUGGAUCUAAGAUGCAACUCUAUAGGAAGCAAGGGCAGUAACUACAUUUGCCAAUACCUCAAGGACAAUCGAUCCCUUGUGGAAAUCGACCUAUGGGGCAACUCGUUAGGCAACGACGGCGCAAAUGGGAUUGGUAAAGCAUUGGAAACUAAUCAAUACAUAAAAUCAAUCAAUUUAACUAGAAAUUCCAUACAAGAACAAGGUAUAAAAUUCAUAACGAAUGCUUUAUCCCUAUCGUUAUGCUCGAUUGUAACCAUUGAUCUAUCAUCGAAUUCUCUCACAUUGGAGGGCACCAAAGAGAUAUCACGUGCCCUCUCUUUCAAUCGUUCCAUUGAAAAUAUUAAUCUCUCAUCGAAUAAAAUCGAUUCAAAUGGUUCAAAAAUAUUAUGUAAAAGUUUAUUAAAAAACAAUACAAUCAAAUCUUUAAAUCUUUCAAUGAAUGAUAUUGGCGAACAAGGUUGUAUCUAUUUCUAUAGAGUUUUAAAAAAGUCUAAAAAUUUAGAACAUUUAAAUUUAUCUUUAAAUAAAAUUGGUAAUAAAGGUUUAAUUAAUUUAUUAUCAAAUCAAUUUGAUUACGAUUUAGAAUUAGAACAUCAACAAGAACAACAACAACAACAACAACCAAAUAGUGAACAACAAUCACUCGAAUUAAAUACGAAUAAUAAUAAUAAUAAUAAUAAUAAUAUUAUUAAUAAUAAUAAUAAUUAUAUAAUUACAAAUUUAAACGAUUCAAAUGAUUUUAAAUAUAUAAAAUCAUUAAAUUUAUCACAAAAUCAAAUAACAUUUUCAAAUGAAAUUAUAGAGUUAGUUUUGAAUACUUUAAAAAAUAAUACUCAAAUUACCCAAUUAAAUUUAGAAUCAAAUACAAUUUUAUCAAAUUCUUCUUUAUCACAAAAUAGUCCUUUAAAACGAUUAGUUAGUUUUUCAAAAAUUAAUAAUAUUACAAUUGGGUAUCUAUAA